AUGAAGGCUUCUGUCAUUAGCACUGCCAUCUUGGCCACUGCUGCCUCUGCAGCCCCUGCUCUCGUCAAGCGCCAGAGCUCCGACAUCGAUGGUGUCAUUCUCAACUACGCAUUGACUCUCGAGCACCUCGAAGCAACCUUCUACCGUCAAGCCCUUGAGAAGUUCUCCGCCGCAGACUUCGCUGCCGCCGGGUUCAACAGCACCAACUUCUACAAGAACCUGCAGGAGAUUGGUCGUGAUGAGCAGACCCACGUCGACUUCUUGACCACCGCCCUCAAGGGAGCUGGCGUCACACCCGUCGCAGAAUGCACAUACGACUUUGGCAACCUCACCCCCGACACCUUCUUGGCCACCGCAUCCAUCAUUGAGGGUAUCGGCGUGAGCGCCUACCUCGGUGCCGCCGCUCUGAUCACCAACAAGGCAUAUGUCACUGCUGCCGGCAGCAUUCUUACUGUCGAGGCCCGCCACAAUGCCUUCUUCCGCGGAAUCGAAGGUCAAUCUCCCUUCCCCCAACCCUUCGACAUCCCCCUCGACUUCAACCAAGUCUACUCACUCGCAUCCCCCUUCAUCACCGCUUGCCCUUCCACCAACCCAGCCCUCCCCGUCAAGGCCUUCCCCGCCUUCAGCGUGAGCAAGAGCGUCACCGGCCCUAUCAAGCAAGGCGACACUAUCGAGUUCGACCUCGCAAGCGGCUGCGAGGUUCCCUCGGGCCCCCUCUACGUUGCAUUCCCCCUCGCCGACGGCCCCAUGUUCUCGUCGGCCGUCGUCAAGGACAACAAGAUUUACGCUCGCAUCCCUGUUGGCCACACUGGCCCGUCUGGCGAGGUGUACGCUAUCUUGGGUACCAACGCCACUACCAUCUCUGAUGACUACACUGUUGCUGGACCCGCUGUUGUUGAGGUGCAGAGUGGUUACCUUGCUUAG